AUGGUCCAGCGUUCACCGGCAGGAAAGUUGGAAGCCAUUGUUGCAAGGCUUCUGCCCCGCUCGGUGGCCCAUCAAAUCAUACGCCGUGGGAGCAACGAUUGUGGAUUUGUCCCGAUGGGGCCUUUUAUGGCGCACUUCGGAGUGCAAAAUCAAGCAUUUUUAUCGGAGGUCGAACUGUCUUUUGCGGAGAGCCAGCAUAUUGAGUUGGCCCGUAAUGGCAACGAGGCCCAUGGAAGCCGUACUGAUCGUGCCAUCCAAAAUGAUGCAGAUUUUCCAGAUGGUGGUGUCAACGCUUGGCGUACCGCUCUCGGUGGGUUUCUCGCAUUCAUUGCCAGCAUUGGAUUUAUGAGUGGUGGCUCGGUAUUCCAGAGUUAUUACAUCACCACGGCACUGUCUUCAUCGAGCGCUUCCGAUAUUGCCUGGAUUGGAAGUGUGCAGCUCUGGGGAUGCUUUUUCUUUGGCAUUUGGGCCGGGAGACUGUCUGACAAGUAUGGACCAGCUUUACCCCUGGGACUGGGAACCGUGUUUAUGGUUUUUGGCAUCAUGAUGGCAUCCAUUUCGAAGAAAUACUAUCAGUUCUUAUUAUCGCAAGGAUUUUGUGUGGCAUUGGGAAUGGGCUGGAUCUUCACACCGGCUCUAGCAGUUCAGUCACAAUGGUUUUUGAGAAGACGGGGCUUCGUGGUUGGUGCUGUUAUGUCCGGCCAAAACGUGGGAGGGAUCAUUUGGCCUGUCUUGACCAAUAAGCUUCUCAUUGAUAACGGAAUGUCAUUAGGCUGGACACUACGCAUCAUUGGCUUCAUACAGCUGGGUCUGAUGACCGCUGCGACUCUAUUAGUCAAGCCGCGAUUUCCGCGAACCUCGAAUAUUGAUGGGUUCCCCAUCAGACAAUAUUUUACCCAUAAACGGACGAUCGCUUUUACUAUCGCAUUGGUCAUCAUGGACUUGGGAAUUUAUAUCCCGUGGUUUUACAUCACACCUUUUACAAUGACAUAUGGUGCUUCUGCGAGUCUGGCCUUCUACAAUGCAGCAAUCUUAAAUGGCGGCGCAUUUGUGGGAUGUCAUGCUUUGGGGAUUGUAGCGGAUUCUGGGUUGGGCUUUUUCAAUUGUCUCACAGUGACCACCUUCGCAAGUGCGGUCGUCGCCUUCGCGUGGAUUGGUGCAAGAAAUGUUGGAGGUAUCAUUGUGUGGACGGUAGCAUACGGCAUUUUAUCUGGUGCGCUCCAAGCCAUAUUUUCGCCAUGUUUAUCUCUCCUGGCACCGACGCCAGAGGUGACUGGGUCUUGGAAUGGGAUUGCUAUCACGAUUGGGUCAUUUGCAGUCUUAGGGACUGGUCCGAUUGCCGGAAAGUUGCUCGGUGAUGAGGAUGGAACGGGUUACGUCCUGAUGCAAUUGUUCACGGGAAUUUGCUUGGCCCUUGCGGGCGUUUUCUAUCUAGCCACGAGGGUCUUAGUGUCUCGUGACAGAUGGAUUUAA